GCCAAAACCCGCGCAGCAGCAUGCAAGAGCGCGCACGUGAAAAAACCAAGUCAAGAUGGUCCACCAGCUUUCGCGCCGAAAACUCCAGUUGUCGAAACGAGCUGCAGCAGCUGCGCUGCUCCACGCAAGCGCAACUCUAAUACACCUGAAAAAAGUGGAAGCGCUGGUAAUAGCGAAGGAGCACGCGGCCGCAGCUACUACAGUUUCAGCCGAGAAGACAAAGCACCGAGCUGCAUUUCGUCGAAAGCAGACAUCUACCGCAGCGGGUAGAAAGCUGUCUUCUUCUUCUUCCGAAGCUGCAGCUUCAUUAGACUCCAACAACGAAGCGUCGUUCUCUACAACCAACGUCGCGGCUUUGCAGGAAAUCGACCCCGUUCUUCCACCCUCCGCAUCAGAAACUACUGCAACUACUUCCAAGAAGAAAACCAAAGCAGAAGCCGCACAAAAGGCCUACGAGCGGGAUCAGGCGCUUUUGAGAAAAUUGGAAGGAGAACAGAGUGGCGGCGAUAAAGAACUACAAGACGCUGACGCUCCUGCUGAGACAACCGAAACAACCAACGAUAUGAAGACGGACGAAGGGGAAAACUCCGCAGCAGCAGUAGAGGAAAGAACAUCUUCUGCUUCAUCAGGCGAGGCGGUUUUGCAAUCGAAACGCCGGAAGGGGAAAUCAGUUUCAAAACAAGUGCCCCCAGCUGCAGGAACGACACCGUCGAAUCACUGCUGGGUCAAGGAAAUAGCCGACAAGGAUUAGUAUCCAGCAGGGGAAGGUUGCUUUGGGUCGCAGAAUGGAGGUUGGAAUCAGAUUUCCAUCUCGUGUUACUCGUCUAUUAUACCAAAACCACUGAGCUGGAAGUUGUGUGUUGCACAUCGAAGCAUCUUUGAAUCUGAAAUGUGUUAUCAAUACCGAUGGUGCAUGAAACAGCAACACAAAUUCACCUGACUAUUCCCGACUCAAGAAGAACCUUCUGAGCCUGCAUAACCCCGACUGUGCCCAGUUCGACACGGACGAAGGAAGUUGCAACGGCGACGCAAAAUGCUACUUCGGGCCCAGCCCGGCGAUCUGGCGGGUUUGCAGCAUGGAAAACGUGAAAAAAACCGCGGACAACGACGAAGUAGAGGAAAUUUGCAACGAGAAGUGCCUUAUGCAUUGCAAAAGCGUCGUAUGAGGUAUAAAUUGCAUCACAAAUUUUUUCAAGAAGAAAAAUGAAAUUUGUAAUGCUGUUUUACCUAAAAAGGGAUAUUUGUCAUGCACGAUAGCAAUUACUACGAGCGCGAUGCUUUUGCAGUGGAUACGCGUCGCGUUUUACAAUAGUUGUUACGAUCUGGACGAAACCGACCAGGAGUUCAACGCGACGCAGAAGAAGUGCAUACGCAUUGCAAAUAUGUCUGGGUCUGGAAACUUGUGAUGCAAGGAAGGGAAUAAGUGAGCAAGCACACCCACACUGUAAUCCCUGCGCAGCAUGACAAGACUUUCCGCAGUUCUGAGUUGCGUACUCCGGAGCAUGAGAAACUUCGUUUUUGCAUGACAGGAAAGCGGAGCUUUUCGCUGCCACACAAUACAGAGUUCAGAGUCAUGCCAGACCCACCAGCAUGACAAAUCUCGCAAUUAUCUCCCAGACCCAGACAGAUUUGCAGCUGAUAGCGCAAGUUCGACGACAACGUGUGCGGCCAGCAGCUGGACGAUUGGCGGGACACUUGCGGGAUCGGGAAACCGAACGAAGUGAAGGACCCGAAUUUUGUGGAGCAGCACUACACCAGCUGUCUCGCGACGGGGGGAACGGGGGAAGGAGGAGUGGCGAGCGGCGCACCACUGGCGAACAAGGGGCAGGUGCAGACGAGUCAGUGGUACCCCGGGGAGAAGGCACUGAAGGACUCGGUGUAUUGCCAGGGGAGUUUUAUUAUGCUCUGCAAAAGUUUCGUGCCGGUAUGGAUUGCGGUCUUGCAUGACAGAUCUCUCUCCAAACGUACAUCAGCAUUACACGUUUCACCGUGGACGCAAUUUGUGAUGCAGUUUCUACUAUCAGUACGAUAGUUGUUUUGCAAUGCAUAUUCAUGCUGAACGCCGCGAAUCUGACCGUGUGGGUGCCGCGACCGGAAGAUUUGUGUGUCGGGGCGAUGCGGUACCUGAACGGGCCGACGGCGUGCACGUACUACAGUUUUCUUGUAAAGGCAGUUUUGGUAAAGGAGAAAUGUUGUGAUGCAAAUUGUCAUAGACAAAAGAAAAGUGAUUUCUAUUGCAUGAAAUCCACUUCAAUAUCAAAGGUACGACAAUGCCACGCAGUCUUGCCGUCCCCGGAUGGCCGCGUGCAGCGCGCCAAAUGCAACGUACGCGUGCGAGGCCUGGGCGCAUUGCAAGGUGAUAUCAGUUGUAAAAAGGUCUGGGUCUGGAAGCAUGCAACUUCUGAUGCUAUUUUUGAAAUCUAGGAGAAUCUGCAUUGCAUGAGCAGCAAGAGGCGUGCAGUUUUUGCUCCGAGGAGGGGGCAUUUCAUCUCAUUCAGGAUAGGCAUCGAGAUGCACACAGAAAAUCUGUAUCGCUGGAGCAUACAUCACAGACCUUACGGGUCAUGCAAAAUGUGCAUGACAGACCGACUCGGUAGGUUUUUGUUGUUAGCACAGGCUUACUCUUGACGUGUUACAUCGAGCAGGCGGAGUCUGGGCAGACGGUAGCCAGCUAUUUGAGUAGAAAAGCUAGGAUAGAAGCAGGCGAUGGGCAAGUAGAGGACAAAAGCUAGGUUUCGAGCGGACUGAGUGCUUACCAGCUUUGAGGGUGUAGCGCCGGUAAUAUCUACCGUGUGCGCCGUCCUAGCGGUGUAGGACGCGCGUGACGAGGAGCUUCGCCGUCGGACUUGACAAGCUCCGCUGCUGCGCGAUGGGGUCCUCAAACGUUAGGCGGUGUGAGUUUUUUUUUUCUACGUAAAAAACAAGUCUAAAGUCCUGGCAAAUUUGCAAAAAUUGCCGGGAAAUAGGUUUCCGGCUUGGCUGCCUGUGGCUGCCUAAAGACCUAAACCCCCAGGGAGUAACGGAAAUGAAGCACUACUCCUCGAUAAACGAUUUUAUGAGUGAAGCAUUUAUCAAAAGGAAAAAUCCCCCCUCCGCAUAUCAAAACGAGUUUUCUGAUGCUGGAUUUGGGUACACAAAUCAAAUUUGUGUUGCAGUAGAGGAUGGCACGCAGAUCCGAAGCCUAGGUAAGGGCCUCUUGGUGUAGGCGCCUGGCAUGGUAGACGGCUAGCCCGUAGGCCUUAGAGCAUUACAAAUCGCCUGCAUUACGUGGCGGAAAGCGUGAGCGCGCCUGCUUGCAAGGCAGACGCGAUCUGCGGUCACAAAUCUUGACUCAAACACAUAGAGGCCCCUCGCUUGGGAACACCUCAUUGAUGAGCUUCUACGCGAAAAAACAGCUUGGGGCCCAAGAAAAAAGAAAAACGCGCAUGAGAAACCUUGCAAUCUUCCAGACCUAGACAGAUUUGCAUUUGAUAGGUGCUACCGGCGGACAACAGCUGCGGUCCGAUUACGGAUGCAAAAGAGAUUGAGGCGAAGAUGGCGCAGGCUAUGAGCUACAUGGCGCUCGGGUACGUAUCCUGUGCAAAAGUAUCGUGCUCGUAUUGCAGUCAUGCAUUAUUUUUCUUAAGGCAAAUCCGCAUUAUCAUGCUGAGGAAAUUUGUAAUGCAUUUAUACGAGUGCGAUACUUCUUUUGCAAUUCAUAGUACGCGAUCUCGGACAACGUGGCGGUGAUGAAGAACGGAACUAGUGGAGCAAACGCAGGAAGUGGUAGUACGGUGGCGGGGACCACAACAGCAGCAGCUGCGGCGACACCAGCGGGUACUGCGGCGGUUUUGUGAAGCUGAAGAAGAGGUUGGGCGGUGGUGGGAGUGUAGUUUUAAGUACGUUUCGGUUUCGAAAGAUUUUGGAGUUACUAUGACGAGCAAGUUUCGCACUACAGAUUCAGAAGUUUCGCUUGCGUGCAUGGAAGCUUGAGCUUUUCGUGGAGAAUAGCAGACGCAUGAGUUGCGGCAUUGCUGAAUGAACACGGAAGUUGUAUUUGCAAGUAUCAACUCUUACUCUUCAAAUGUAAUGGAAUGAAGGACUACAUCUGGAAU